GGGGCGGAAGUGGAGGCGGAGGGAGACGGCUGCGGCCGCGGGGCCUCGGGCUCUGGCGGCGAGGGUCUGGUGGGCGCGAGGCCGAGGGCGGGGGAGGAGGAGGAGCCCGCGCGGCCCGGGCGGCGGCGGCGGCGGCGGCGGCGGCGCCCGAGUUCCCCGUGGGGCCCCGCCUCGGAGCGGGCGGCGGUAGAGGAGGAGGCUGAGGAGCAGGAUGGCGGCCUCGGCCCUGUACGCCUGCACCAAGUGCACCCAGCGCUAUCCCUUCGAGGAGCUCUCCCAGGGCCAGCAGCUCUGCAAGGAAUGUCGGAUUGCACAUCCUAUUGUAAAAUGUACUUACUGCAGAUCAGAAUUUCAACAAGAGAGCAAAACUAAUACAAUUUGUAAGAAGUGUGCUCAAAAUGUGAAGCAAUUUGGCACUCCUAAGCCCUGUCAGUAUUGUAACAUAAUUGCGGCAUUUAUUGGUACAAAGUGUCAGCGUUGCACAAAUUCAGAAAAAAAAUAUGGACCACCUCAGACUUGUGAGCAGUGCAAACAACAAUGUGCUUUUGAUCGGAAGGAGGAAGGAAGAAGAAAGGUUGAUGGGAAGUUAUUAUGCUGGCUUUGUACUUUAUCAUACAAGAGAGUUUUACAGAAGACAAAAGAACAAAGGAAGAGCCUUGGAUCUUCACAUUCAAAUUCAUCAUCUUCAUCUCUUACUGAGAAAGACCAGCAUCAUGCAAAACACCACCACCACCACCAUCACCACCACCAUCGUCACAGCAGUAGCCAUCAUAAAAUCAGCAAUCUGAGUCCAGAACAAGAACAGGGACUGUGGAAACAGAGCCAUAAAUCCUCUGCAGCAAUUCAGAAUGAAACUCCAAAGAAAAAGCCCAAAUUGGAAUCUAAGCCAUCUAAUGGAGAUAGUAGCUCUAUAAAUCAGUCAGCAGAUAGUGGGGGAACAGACAAUUUUGUCCUUAUAAGUCAACUGAAAGAAGAAGUGAUGUCACUUAAACGUCUCUUACAGCAGAGAGACCAGACCAUUUUAGAAAAAGAUAAAAAGUUAACUGAGCUUAAGGCGGAUUUUCAGUACCAAGAGUCAAACUUGAGAACAAAGAUGAACAGUAUGGAAAAAGCUCACAAAGAAACAGUGGAACAACUCCAGGCCAAAAACAGAGAGCUACUCAAACAGGUUGCAGCAUUGUCAAAGGGUAAAAAGUUUGACAAAAGUGGAAGUAUAUUAACAUCCCCUUGAGAAAAUGCUUAUUUGUUAAGUGUUUCUGCUGCAAAUGUAAAAUUUGAAAAAAAUUCUGUGAAGCCCUUAAAUUCUGUGUAGUGAAAAAAUAUUUUUGCACACCAAAUGAAUUGGCGUGUUUCCUAUUCACUUUUGUAAUUGAUAUACAGCAUUUUUUAAGUUGUAAAACAUUCAAAUGAAACUUCAACUGGUUUGAAGUAACUUUUUAAUUAUUUGAUAUCCAGGAACUUUUUUGCCAGCAAUAGUAUUAAACAGUUGUAAAGGAGUGCAUGACUAGUGCCCUUUAUAAAAUGCAACAUGCAAUAAUAGAGUAGGUAUGGUUUUCAGAAGACAGAACAGCAGGGCUUUUGGUUUGUUUUUUGUUUUACACUAUGCUAAUUUCAUAUAAAUAGUUUUCAAUUCAGAAAUACAAAAACUUUUGAACAAGAAAAAUUGUGAACACUGGUUUUUUGGUAAUUGUGUUUAUACUUUUCAUCAACAUGAAAUAGAGAAUCAUGGUGCUUUUAUUAAAUGAACUUCAGAGUAUAUGUAAAUAUGUUUUUAAAAGUUACAUUGUUAACAUUAGUUAGUAAACUAGUAUUUUCAUUAUUGGUAUAGGAAUUAAUGUUUAUUGUACAGUAUCCAAGGUAAAAUGUGUUUGUUUUGUAAAAACUACUGUAGAUUUUUACUUACAAGUGCCUUUUUGCCACCUAAUGUUUUUAUUUAUAGGAAUGCUGAUCUUUUGUACAUACUGUUUGUUUUAAAAUCAUGUUUAAUAAAUGUUUGUAUAUAAAUGCAUAUGUACAGAAGCCUAUUUCAGAAGGAAAAGUUGCUAGUAAAAUGUUUGAGAUUGCAUUAAGAACUGACAAUGCAUUAGACUUGAGAUGACUUCGUGGUUUGUUUUUGUGUGGUAUGGGAAACUGUUGGUCAUUGAAUUCAUUGAAUUAUGUUAAAAUAGUUCCCAAAAGAUUUAAUUUUAAAUCAGUAUGGGUAGAAUAAUUUUAUUUUUUGUGUCAUAUGGCUUCAUGUUCAUAUUUUGUGAGUUACAUGUUUUAUUUUCUUUUAUUAAAAUUAAAAAAAUUUUUUCUUCAAUGGUCCAUAUAUCUGCUUUCUCUAUAAUAUGUGGUUAUCUAAGUUAAUAUUUAUGUAUACCAUACUUAAAUUGUAAGUUUAAAGCAAAUCUGGAAAAAUUAAAUAUCUUUUAAAUCAUUCUGUGAUUAUCUUUGAAUAAAUUGGAAUCUACUGUAAGAUUCAGGCACUAUUUAUAAGAAAAUUAUAUCAGAGUCUUUAAAAUUGUCUAUAAAAGGUUAAGGGUAGGGUGGGAUAGGUUAGGAGAAAUUACUGACUAAUUGCAUUCUGAUCCAGUGGUUUUCAGCCUGUAAUAAAAUUGAUCUCCUACUUAGUAAAUGCCAAUUCAGACUUUUCAGUUCAUUUUUAAAGUAUCAAACGUUGCCAGGUAUACUGUACAGAGUAGAAAGUCUCCUCUUAGGAAUUUAUGGGCAAGGAUAUGUUUUUAGUAAAUUGUUAUUAAAUUUAUCAGUUUUGAAGAUUGGUUUCUAAGAAUGUCAUAUCCUCUUUCCUCAGAACACAGGAUGAUUGUAUUAAUUGUUUUUAACAUAAUUCAUGUUUCAGUAGAUUGUUCCUAAAGUUUCAUUUUAAACUGAUUUCAAAUAAUUUUUUAUCCAGUUUGAAAACAUAUAAUCUAGGGUAAUUUUCAAGUGAUAGUAAAAUAUUGAAUCAUUCAGACUUGGAAAAAUUAAACCAGUUUGUUUUUAUGAGAUCUCAUGCAAUAAAUUUCCUAAAUUUAAUACUCUCAACAAUGAUAGCUAAUGCCUUCCUAACACAGAUUUAAUGUUUUCAGGAUUUGCUAAAUUCGUAAUACAGUCAUUACCUUUCUUUAAAAUUUAUACUGUUUGUAUUCUGGAUUCAUAGCCAUUUGUCAAUCCACGGUGGUCAUUGUGGUUUUAAAAUAAACUGUGUAAUAGUUCUUACACCUUGUUGGAGCUGCUACAAAAGAAAGGUGCCCCUUACCCUUUUUUGUAGGUAAGCGAUUAAAAAUUGAAAUCAGUCUAAAUAAUUAAGCUUUGUAAAUUCAGAGGCUAAAACAUUUUAGGGGCUUCACAGUAUUUAGUCCUAAUUAAAUGCCUCUCUUUAUUCCAUGAGCUGGUUUUAUAACUUAAUUAUUUUGCAAUUGUAUAAAUUAGUAAUGAGUCCCAGUACCUGGAUCUGUAGUGUAUUGACCUAAUGACCUAAUAUCCUCUCAGUGUGGACCUGUAAGGAGAUACUAUGGUGUGCCGUAUAUUGUGCUUUUUUAGGCUGCUUUCAGCUGUUGAUUAGCAUUUACCAGUGAGGGUCAUUUUGGCUCCAGUUAUUUAUGUAUUAAUAGCCUGUGAAUAUUGCAGUCCUUUUUAGAUUGUAUUGGUCUAAAUAUGCAUUCUGCAGUGAACCUGUUAAGCUGUUCACAUGUAUAGACUAUUGAAAUACUGUACCUGUACACAUCUGACCGUUGACAUUUUGUACUUUUUUCUAAAUCCAAUAUUUCACAAUAAAAACUCAUCAAAAA